AUGGGGCUACUAUGGUUCACUACAUGUAUGUAUCUUUUUGCCCCCACACCAACCCUGUGUUUAGUGUUAGCAUCUUUGAAACCAAAAUUUAAAAACAAUUCCAAAAAAGGUUUUGGUUACUCUUCUGGUAAAGUGGGGGGUCAAGGAUGUCCAUAAGCUACGCAAUCCUCUGUAUGUAUAAUUAUGCAGAAUUCUAUUCUUCUGCAGAGAGAGAGCUGCUAGCACAGCACGGGACUCUCUGAAAAGGAAGAUAAGAGUAAUCUAAAGUGAGAGCAGGCAUCUCAGCUUCAGGUUCAGUCUACUGCGGCAGCCAGUAGCUCAGCCAAGUGUCAUCACUGGGAGAGAGAGAGAGAGAGAGAGUGAAGCAGCUGAAACAAAGAGACAGAGCUACUGAAAUCUCACCAUUCUCGAGAGACCACUAGACCCAGGAUGAGGCUGCUGAGGAGGACGAGACAACUAUCCAGGCUCUCAGUAGUCAGGUGCAGCUGGCAGACAAGGCAACUAUCCAGGCUCUCAGUAGUCAGGUGCAGCUGGCAGACAAGGCAGGGCUCUGCUCCUGCCACGAACUAGAAGACUGCCAUUUCCAGUGUUGCCAGGGCAGGGCUGUUAAUUGUUGUUUGCUGGAGGUAUCGGUUUGCAGGUCGCCAUGUCUCUCGCUGCCUCGGUUCUCGUGCUGCUCCUCGCCUGCCUGUACGCUGCAGAUGCGCGUUCUGGCGGAGCUCCCGCCGCUGCUUGCGGGACCCUCAUGCCCGAUUUGCCCGGCCACACAGCAAACGGACAAACCGACCCGGUUCCCUACGAGAUCGACCUGACCGUGUUUGAUGAAGACGAAAACGGGACGUUGCAGUACACUCCCGGCGGAGUAUACACACUGACUUUUAGACGGAUGGGUGACGUGACGUUCCGGGGAUUCUUGGUCCGGGCUCGGUUGGCCGCCGACAAUAGUUUCUUGACGAACGCUCCAUUUGCGAUGAUCGCGAGUCAGACAAACACUCGCAUUAGCUCGUGCGAACCAGCGAACAGCGGAAUAACCCACAGCAAUGGCCAGUCUCCCAGGGUUGAGCUCACAGAGGUGCGAUUCCAGUGGACUGCUCCGCCUGCGGACACUGGGCCAAUAUUUUUUGGGUUUGCGGUUGUUCAGACCCAAAAUGUAUACUGGGCAGCCCAGAUGAGUGCUAUGCUGGAGGAAGGACCAGCACCUACUGCUACUCCAACUACACCUGCAGAGCCAUCCGCCACUCCUAUCCCAACUGUCGUCACCCCGGAACCUAGUACGACCCCUGGUCCAGAGACGACAGCCCCCACCGAGGAAACCCCUUCCGUUGCCACCGUUCCACCCGCUGUCCCCUCUUCCUCUCCCACGACACCCGACAACGCCACGACUGAACCGGAGGGCACAGAAUCAACUGCCUCCGCUUCAGGUGUGUUGUUCUCUGGACUGAGCAUCCUGCUGGCCAUGCUAGCCACUCUACUCCUCUAAUAGGAAUCCAUUAGGACAACAAGAGCGUGUGUCACAUGAUAAUUUAGUAUAGUCGACCAUUUUAACUCUGCAUUCAUUGUGCAUUUCACUUUGGGAAUAAUAUUUCACUUUGUGGGUAAAAAUGACAACGUACAGUAGUUCCCUGACAUAUUAUAUACAACAAUAAUCGACAAGUGGAAAAACAUUGGCUGUGAAAUCAUCUGAACGAUAGCUUUGUCUGUUUUGAUAAGGAGGGUCCUCCCCCUCCUCCAUUUCUUCUCUUGCGGGACAGC